UAACUUGUUUUGAUUCUAUCUUGAGAGAGAAACGAUGUAGCCUUCAGCUUUUGUUUUGGGUUUGAGAGUAAACAGCGCUUGAAAUGAUCAGCUGGGCAACUUACAUCAUCCUUAUCAUCGCCACAUAUCCGCACGAUGUCAAGUGCAUGGCUAAGAACAACAAAGAUCCUUAUCAUAAUCGAAGCGAGACAUUUAAUCCUGCUGUAGAAGGAGUAUGUCAGUCGGGAUGUCUUCCACAAGGAGCCAUGACCAAAAUGCUUUGCUUUGAAAGCUUUGAUUACGCUUACUGUGCCUAUCAAGCGACUAUCAACAGACAUUGCUGGCCUGAAUUGAAACAGAAGGCACAAAAUGUGUUGGCUCAACUAAAUCAAGCUGGAGAGUUUCAACGCUGUGGAUACAGUUUGGACCCAAGCUCAAAAACUGGUUUUUCGUUUGAUCAAAGCCGAUCGGAUCUGAAACUCUGUUAUGACUUUUAUUUUUUUUAUAAGCCACCAACAAGUUAUUGCAUAAUUUUUUGGGCUUGUUGGAAACCGGAAUUCAGCAAUCCUGAUUGCAGUGAGAUACGUGAAAUGUUGAACUGUUGCAAUGAGGCUAUACAUAGCGAUGGUUGCAGGCAGUUCCAUGGUCGGUAUGCUUUAAUCAUGUGGAGAAAAUACCAAGAGAACGGUGACUUUGAUCGUUGUGGACUAGGGUACAACGUAGAUUAUGACUAUGUGGACUUAUUCAGAGAAAACAAAUACCACAUAACCUGCUACAACUUGAGUGCAGAAAUACGAGCCAACUUCUCUACAAAUGGGCAGGAAAGCAGAACAUUGAAAGAGAGAUUUUGGAUUAUGAUGGUUGCUCUAGGGGUCAUUGCUGCUGGCUUAAAAGUUUGAGAUUAGGAGAAGUCUUGUAUACAAAAAGUGUUAAAGAAAGCAAGCAAACGAAGCCUGAUAUGUAGACAGCAAUUCAAUAUGUACAUUUAAUUUAGUAUGCACAAAUUGUAAUGAUAUAUCUUAAACAUGUUCUUCUUUGUUUGAUGAUGCGUUUGCUAUUUGUUUAUAUUUCUUAGGGUGACAGGACAAAUGAUGAAUGGACAAUUGAUCUCAGUCUAAAUACCUCAGACCCAUUUUCUCAACGACAAACUAUCUAAGGGAUAUUACGGACUAGAUAAUAUCUCAGAUAUCUGUCUGAGAUCUGUUGCUCUAAGAUCAUUUGACCAGUGGUCAUUGUUGUUAGCGCCAGGAAGUAUAAUCAGUUAGCUCACAAGUUUUGGUCUUAUUAUCCAGAGGGAAUAGCUAGGGGGAUAUGGCAUAGGUUAAACAUCAGGCAGGCUUGAGUCUCUCUCUCUCUAUCUACAGACGGGUCUGAGAGUCUCUCUAUCUACA